GUUCCUGACCGGACUACGGGCGAGGGAGGAACCGGAAAUGUAAGAAAAAUCUCCCGAGCUUCUGUUUCCGGCCACCUCAGCUGGGAGGUGGAGACGCAAGCAGAGGGAACUCCCGGAGCAGAGAGCUGAGCUGAGCGGUCGCGGAGCGGAAAACGCUGAGAAGACUACCGUGACUGCUAUUGUCGGGAGGGGGUGGCGUUGGCUCCUCUGUAACUGGAAGAAAUGGUGUUGCUGACAAUGAUCGCCCGGGUGGCGGACGGGCUCCCGCUGGCGGCCUCCAUGCAGGAGGACGAGCAGUCUGGUCGGGACCUUCAACAAUACCAGAGCCAGGCCAAGCAACUUUUUCGCAAAUUGAACGAACAGUCUCCUACAAGAUGUACCUUGGAGGCAGGAGCCAUGACUUUUCAUUACAUUAUUGAGCAGGGAGUGUGUUACCUGGUUUUGUGUGAAGCUGCUUUCCCCAAAAAGUUGGCAUUUGCUUACCUUGAAGAUUUGCACUCCGAAUUUGAUGAACAACAUGGAAAGAAAGUGCCCACUGUCUCCAGACCCUACUCCUUCAUUGAAUUUGAUACCUACAUUCAGAAAACCAAAAAAUUGUACAUUGAUAGCCGUGCUCGGAGGAACCUGGGCUCCAUCAACACUGAAUUACAAGAUGUGCAGAGAAUCAUGGUGGCUAACAUUGAAGAAGUCUUACAGCGAGGGGAAGCACUCUCAGCACUGGAUUCCAAAGCCAACAAUUUGUCCAGUUUGUCCAAGAAAUACCGUCAGGAUGCGAAGUAUUUGAACAUGCGUUCCACCUACGCCAAACUGGCAGCAGUUGCUGUGUUUUUUAUCAUGUUGAUAGUGUAUGUACGAUUCUGGUGGCUUUGAGCAGGUUAAUGCCAUCCCUGGCAGGGGAGAGCCUGAAACAUGGCAGGUGUAUGUUUGCAGGACGCUGAACGCACAGAGCUGUGCAUUAGGAUUCAAAUGCAACUUGUGACUCCGGGGACCUAGAAAGAAAGGAAGUGUCCUGAAUGCCAUAGGCCACUCCUCAUUUAGUGAAGCAUAACCCUCUAAAAGAAAGACUUAUUGGGGACUAAAGACUUUCUCUGGGUGGCAAACCAUAUGUGUUAGGGAACAGUAGACUUUGCCCCCUCCCUGUGUUCUGAACCCUUAGGCAGCAUUGACUAAGGCAUUUCCUUUCUGGAAUGGAGCCAUCAAUGAGAUUCACAAUAACCAACCUGUACUGGCACCAUCUUGCUACUUUUAGAGAGGGCAGCCCUUAUGGAAACUGUUGAGCACCAAUGAACAUUCCUCAUGUGGGUAAUGUUUGGGUUUUUUCUGGAAUCUGAAUCUUCAAUGGCUACUCAAGCAAGACUCCUGUAUGUGAAGGCUGAUUUCUGUACAUAUAUUAAUGUCUUCUCCACCUCCCCACCCUCACUUCCCUAUGAGAAGUUAACUUUUUGUUGUUUUCCUUUUCCAAUAUUUUGCUUAUUGCACAAUUGCUUUGGGGUUAAAUGAAUAUUAAAUUGAGAUGCCUUGAAAUUAUGAUGUAUCCCCUCCCUGAUUAGGAAGGUAUUAGGCUUUUCUAUAAUGCAAUCUUAAAACAUAAAAUUUAAACUAUUUUGGGAAGUUCUUCAUUUUCUUCCUUAAUAUCCUGCUUUUGUAUGACACAGGAGGAGUAUUAGCACCUGAAAACAAUUAAUGGCUAGAGGCUCAGCACCCACUUGAGUUCCUCUUUUGCUUCCAUUUGUUGAGUUUUUAUUUUUUCCCCCCCUAUGUAUUAUUUCUAUGAUAGGGGCGAGGGGCAAAGACAAAAGAGGUUGCUUUGAUCAACAGUCUUAAGCUUCAUGACCAACAUUUUCAGUAUAAUCUAGAUUAGAAAAUAGAAAAUGUUCAGAUAUGUAUGAAAUCAAUUUUUGGUUUCAGUUUUUCUGUUUUAUUACAAAUAUUUUUAACCAAGGAAGUCUGUCAGAAUUUCUCAUCAGUGUUCCUCCUGUUUGUGAGUGCUUUCUGAGAAAGUUACCUUUCUAAGGAUAGAAAUCUCAUUUACUGUAUUUUUUUAAUAGCUAAUAGAAGGAAAUCUGACUUCAUGUCCACUCUUUCUUCCACCUGUGUGCUCUUUCUUCUGCACUUGGUUUUCUUGUCUCUCCUACUUCUGGGAUGAUAGAAAGUUCCUUUUACUUUUGGAACUAGCAUUUUUGAAAUGGAGAAAUUGGUGUGUGCAUAAGGACAGAGACAGGGUGAGGAAAGAUCUCAUGCAGUCUAUCUAGUACUUCCUGCCCACAGAAUCAAUACUGUUUGAGAAAAGGUAGAACAAGAUUAACUAGCAUUACUUUAGCUCAAUAAAUCCAGUAGGUGUGACUUUCUAACUACAAAGGAUCAUCCAAGGUACAAACCCUGUUUCUUCAUUGAAAAUUGGGAGUGGAUCAGUUUCCCAUAUAAUAACACAAAGAAAGAGAUUUAAUUUGUCUCUCCUAAUUUACUUAGAACUCUCUGAGAAAACCUGGUAUUAGGAGCAGCCAUUCAAUAUUCUGGCCUCAGAUCAAGACAGUGAUUUUUUUUGAGUUGUCAGAAUUUACCCUUUGUAGAUAGAAAUAGCCCCCGCAAAAUCUUGUUUCUAUACACAGCUGAAUGUAGGUCUAUGAAAGACUGAAGAUUAAACCCAAUAUAGCUUUCUAAUAGUGUGGCAGCUUGAUGAGAGUCAAAUGCUGCCACCUAAGGGUCAGCAGUGAAAUAAACUUCUAAGAACAUCUUUCCCUUUUCUUGUGGAGUUUCCUGGUGUCUAGUAUAUUGCAUAGCCAUACUUCUGCCAUAUAUACUGUUAGCUCAGUGGAGUACAUUUUUGUUUCAAAUUUUAGAAGAAAAUGUUGUUGAGCAGAUAAAGGAAUAAGAAGAAAAAUGUUUUUUAUUUGGGAAAUUAGUAUCUGGAGAAAUAAAAAAUGAGAUGAUGAGA